UGAAGUGAAGUCAUAGCAGACACAUUGUUGGAGGAGAGAGGAUACUCACCUGUUGAACAGCAGCGGUCUGGUUGAAAUAAAACAUUUUAAUUCACUCGUUUUUCCUCUGAGGUUCUCGUAGACUGUGAGCCAGCAGGAUGACGGACACACUUUUACCAAAUGGCAUCAAAGACAGCGGAGGAGACAGCAGUUAUUUCAGAAAGGGUUGCAACCCAUUUGCCCAGACUGGACGAAGCAAACUGCAGAAUAAGCGCGCCAGUCUGAACCAGCAGAUCAUCAAACAGAUGAGGAUGAGGGCUGGAGCUGAGAAUCUGCUGAAGGCCACAUCUAACAACAAGGUUAAAGAGAUGGUCCUGUUGGAGUUGAGCUACGUUAACGCCAACCUGCAGCUACUGAUGGGACAGCUGGAAGGACUCAACAGCUCAGUGGAGGUCUACCAGAACACCCAGGAAACAGCCAACAUCCCCCUCAUUGCUCUGGGUCUGAAGGAGACAAAAGAAGUUGACUUCUCAACUCCAUUCAAGGACUUUAUCUUGGACCAUUACAGUGAGGAUGGGAACAGUUUCGAAGAUGAGAUUGCUGACCUGAUGGACUUACGGCAGGCGUGUCGAACACCAAGUCGAAAUGAGGCUGGAGUGGAGCUGUUUGCAAAAUACUACAGCCAUCUUCCUCUGAUGGAGAGCCGAUUCUUCUCCCCAAAUCGCCAGACUGGCAUCUUCUUCACCUGGUAUGACUCAUUCACAGGAGUGCCAGUGUGUCAACAGAACCUGUCACUGGAGAAGGCCAGCAUCCUCUUCAACAUGGCCGCCCUCUACUCUCAGAUUGGUACCCGUAGUAACCGACAGACGAUCGUUGGCCUGGAGGAGGCCAUCUCUUCCUUCCAGAAAGCUGCAGGUAUCCUGAACCACCUGAAGGAGACAUUCACCCACACUCCCAGCUACGACAUGAGUCCAGCCAUGCUCAGUAUGUUGAUUCGGAUGAUGCUUGCUCAGGCUCAGGAGUGUCUUUUUGAGAAGACUGCAUUGCCAGGGAUUCGAAACCAGUUCUACUCCCUGAUGAAAAUGGCCCAGGAGGCUGCAAAGGUCUCGGAAACCUACGACCAAGUCCAUCAGUCUAUGAUCCAGACACCAAUCAAAGACAAUGUCCCGUUGUUCUGGUCCACCAUGUCGCAAGUCAAAACCAACCACUACCGCUCCAUGGCACACUACUUUGUAGCCUCAGCCCUGCUCGACCACCAGCUGGGUCCCAGUGAUGAUGAGGACCAGCAGGAGAAGACCUUGUCACAGGUCUACGAUCGCCUUCCUGAGGGACGCUCCCCUCUGGACAUCCUGAAGAAUAAAGAGGAACGUGAACGCAUUGGUAAAGCGCACAUUCGACGAGCCAUCCUGGGUCACGAGGAGGCUCUGAGGAUUUACGGUUUGUGCCACCACUUGAACAAGCUGGAAGUCCUGGAAGACAUUUUAAAAGCCAGUCACCAACGCUCGCUCAACAAAUACAGUGAAAGUGACAGUGAGGAAGAAUUCACUGACUACACUGAGGCGCCCGACAUCAUCUCUAAAACAGAGCACAAGGCAGAGAUGGAGGUUCCUGCAACUACAAAGGUGAAAGUCACUGACUUUUUCCAGAGGCUGGGCCCUCUGUCAGUCUUCUCAGCCAAGCAACGGUGGACAGCCCCACGGACAAUACGACUUUGCCCAGAGGACAGAGACCUGGGUUUCACCCUGAAAGGAGAAUCACCAGUCCAGGUGGUUUCGUUGGACCCUCUCUGCCCAGCUGCUGCCGAUGGGCUCAAAGAAGGUGACUACAUUGUUGCUGUGGGCGACACUGACUGCAAGUGGUCUAGUGUGAGCGAGGUGAUGCGGCUGCUGAAGGAUGUGGACGAGGAGGGGAUUGACAUCCAGGUGGUCAGCAUGAUGGAAAGCAACCCUCCCAUGCCUACCAAGAGUGCCACCUUCUGCGGAAACCUGCCCAAGACCUACUCCAUGAUUUGCUUGGCCUAUGAUGAUGACGACAAGAAUCCUAAAUCCCGCAAAGUCACCAAGAAGUCGUCUUUCCUCAGCUGGGGUCUGAAGAACAAGCUGAAGAGCGCCAGCACCCUCAGCCUCCCCACAGCAGACCACUCCGGCGCCCUGCCCUGGAAUAAACCCUGUCCUACUUUCCCCAGCUCCAGCUCCUACAACAACGACAGCUCCCUGUACUGAAUUAGUUGCAGCCUUUUUACUGUCUGCAAGCAUUGUGCAGUAUGCUUAUAGAGCCCAGUAUGGCUCUACUCAGUACUGUGCUGUACCCAUACUGUACCUGCGAUGGUGCAGUGUCAGUGCCCUUUGGUGUUUCCACUGGAAUACCGAGCAGUAGUGUAUGUAGCUUGUAUGUCACAGAUGUGACAUUACUGCCAGCUACCUUGGAAAGUGGCUGUGCCAAUUACUGUAUAUGAGUGCCUAUGUUAGUACAUGGGUGCCUUCCCAGCACAGUUCAGUAUCUGAAGUAAACUGGACUUUACACCAAACAUAAUGGAAAACCAUUCUGUGCCAUGCCAGUAUGCGUACAGCACAGUACGACUGCACUGUGGGAAAAAAAACAUACCAGUUAUCAUUCCAGUCUAAAUAUAUACACAGAGCACUGAGACAGGUUUCUAAGUUAAACUGUCAUCUCAGUAUGUUUUCUUGAAGAAAUGCUCCAGACGAAUUGAAGUUGUACAAACACACCCAGCGUCGGGUUCUGCUCGACUGCAAGGGGGUGAUUUUAUUGUGGCUUAAGCGGUCCCUUGUUAGCUCCAUUGUGUAUCGAUGUAGCUGUGCACUGUGCAGUUAUGCUCCCAGUGUAUCCUCAGUACAUGUUUGUUUCAUACUGUACAUGCGAAGAAUUUGGUCAUUGCCAUCGUAUUUGUUGCAAUCAGUUGUUUGAAAUACAUAUUUUUUCUAAAUAGAUAUCUAGAUGUAACCUCAUUGCAGUAUGUUAAAACAGUGAUUGAGUGAAAACAAACAAACAGUGUGCUGUGCGGAGAGUUGAUGAAUGCAAUGUUCUAUAAGCUGCUAAAAAACAUAUAUAUAUAUAUAUACACACACACACACACACACACACACACACAUAUAUAUAUACCUUGGUUCUGUAUUAUUGUCACUUUUGUAUUUGUGAAACAGCCUUUGAGGAUUAUUGUCUAUGUUGAGUGCCAUGCCUGGGACACAAUGUAAAUGGAAACAUUGGUACUUUAGGUUUUGCUCAAUGUACCAGUUAUGCCACAGACCAAAAUGCCUCUAUGUCCCUGUUCCAUCAGUAUGUACCAUUUACCAUCCUGACUCAUCUUACCCACUUCUGGCCCUCUCUUAUCAGUGCUGCUGCUGUCUGGCAGGUUGUCCAUUUGUAAGAAGAGCACGAGCUGUGUGUCUUCAGUAAUGUGAAUCUUGAUAUAGUCACACGUUAUUUUAUCUCCAGAAGGGAAGCAUGCGGGCAGACUGAUGACAUCCCCGCACUGAACCUAGACAGCUGGUCACCCAACAGUGACUUCGAUCAAAGCCCACAGUCAGGUUCAUCCUAUUUGUCUCUACUUGUCUUAAUCCUAGUCACAUCCAACAUUCAACUGACACUUUGCAGUGUUGGACUAUCUCUUUAUCUACAAAGUAGAUUCUUAUACACAUUUGAUAAUCAAAUUAUUUAUGUAAUAAAAAAAAUACACACAAAAAUAUAUAUAUUUACCUGUAAGUUGUAGGUGUCAGAACUAGUUUGUGAAUGGUCAAGUUGUGAAUUUUUGCACGUUGGAUUUCUUGGUUGGUGUCUUGGAGGAAUGUAUUUUACUAGCCUUGCUUAAUCCUUUGGUGAACUUAUAUACUGGUACACUUUGUCGAUGUAAAGAUAUUUUAAAAUGUAAAUGUUUUUAAACAGUAACACUGAGAGGAUGUAACACUUUUUACUGUCUCUGUUUACCUAAUAUGGUGUCUAAAGUGCCAUUUAUAUUAAAUCAUGAAGGAAAAUGUCACAGUAAGUUUAUAACAAGAAUGUGCAGCAAUUGAUUCAUAUUAAUAAGUGCCAACUAAGUGAGCUAACAGAGGCAGGUUUCCUUACACAGGUAUGAUGUUUAAACAGAUCUUUGCAUACAUUUAGUGCAUAGUGAUCCUAAAUGCCUUAGUGUAUAUGCAGAGAGUUAUGGUACCUGUUCUUCUGAGGUUUCAGGUUGCCUUUGCUUCUUUAUCUGUACUCUGUGCUACAUAGCAACUGUGGUGUGAAUGCUUUGUUGCUAAGACUUUGUGUCACAUGUGUAAACUCAAAUCUCAAUAAAAUGGGGACAAAACACA